GUCAUAAAAUCAAUGGAUUGUUCAUUAAUAUCUACUGCUGAAUAUUUAGAUGUUCUACAUUUUCUAUUUAUUGUAUCAUUUCCCAUAUAUACAGUUGCAAUUAUAGCACUUUUUCGAACAAAAUCCACGUAUUUUGAAACUUAUAAACACUUCCUCGUAUGGCAUACAGCUUCAAACCUUAUCUCAGAAAUCUACAAUGCAUGGUUUUUGGCUCCAAAAGUGCACUUACCAUAUCCGCUGAUAAGAUUUACUGCAAUUAUGACACAACUGGGAUUUAGUGGAUUAUUUCAGUUUUAUACAAUUAAUGCUCUAAUUCAUCAAACUGGUUAUUCUAUAAUUGAAAUGUACAUGUUUCGAUUCAAAGCAAGUACUUACAAUUUUCAAUCAACAUGCUUCUAUGUGUACUUACAAAUCAAUCUCUAUAUUUAUCGUAUUACUCUUGUCUUAUUUUUUGUUGUAAAUAUCACAACUUAUAACAUCAGUCUUGGACAACAAAUUAUCAGUAAACAAAAUCUUCUAAUUCAACAUCCGGAAGCUCCUUGGCUUGUAAAUUGUGACUCGGUGGUUGUGGCUGCUCCAUUUACAGAUCCAAUUUCUAUGUUUAAUGUAGUUGUUUGGAUUGUUAUAAUCUUUGUGGCAUCUACGUCAACUUUUUCAACAACAAUUUAUCUUCAAAAACAUUUAAGCAAAUCAGAGCAUCAUUCUCCGGCAGUUUUGAGAAUGCAUCGAAUGCUUCUAAUCACUCUAUUUGUUCAGACAGCAAUUCACGCAGUUAUGUUGGGAAUCCCUAACUCGAUGUUUAUUUAUGCUGUAUUUUUUGAGGCUCGCCACGAGUUUCUGGCCAAAAUUGCUUUUUGCUGUCUUACAUAUCAUGGAUUGGCUUCCACGAUCGCAAUGAUGACGUUGACAAAACCGAUCAAAAUAACAAUUCUUCAAAUGUUGAGAUGUCAUGCUUUGAAGAAUUCAGUAUCAACUGUACAAUAUUCAAGCCAAAAUACUUAAAAUGAACUGCGUGGAUUUUCGUAGGUGUUACGGUGAAAAGCGGACGUAACUUCAUAACCAGUGAAUAUAUCAUUAAAUGAAAAAAUGAAAAUGUUUUUGUGGUGUUUUCGGUAUUUCAUUAACCAAAUAAAUUCACUUUUUGCUU